AUGGAGGCACCUGGCCCAGAGCUCACUCCUUUCUCUCGUUCCUCCUCUGGUUCUGCCCAGAUCAUGAAGGACCUUUUCCAUGUGCAGAUGGGUGUCCCAGUUCACUCAGUCAAUCUCUACAUCCCACCACCCCUGCCAAACAGCCACUCCUUGGCCACUCUUUGG